UCAUCGCCACGGGGCGGAGGCGACGGUGUCUAAAGAGACUCGGCGCGUGCUGCCAACGCUGGCCUCCCGGCUUGGAAGCUGCUAGAAGACCAGACGCUGUCCGCUUUCCCUUGGUGGUCCACCCACACCUAGUCCCGCCUGGAGAUGGCAGACGAUCUUGGAGACGAGUGGUGGGAGAACCAGCCUGCAGGAGCAGCCAGCAGCCCAGAGGCAUCAGAUGGUGAAGGAAGAGGAGACACAGAAAUGAUGCAGCAGGAGACAGCUCCAGUUCCUGCCCUGUCAAAGAAAACCAAACAGCCUAAAGAAUGUUUCUUAGUACAACCAAAGGAAACAAAAGAAGAUGCCACCAAGACAAGGAAGAGAAGAAAGAAGAAGAUUACUGAUGUUCUUGCAAAAUCAGAGCCAAAACCAGGGACUCCUGAAGACCUACAGAAGCUGAUGAAGGACUAUUACAGCAGCAAUCGCUCAGUGAUUGAGUUAGAGGAACUAAACCUACCAGACUCCUGUUUCCUCAAGGCCAAUGAUUUGACUCAUAGUCUUUCAUCAUACCUAAAAGAAAUCUGCCCUAAGUGGGUAAAACUUCGGAAAAAUCAUAAUGAGAAGAAAUCGGUCCUGAUGCUGAUCAUCUGCAGCUCUGCCCUCCGGGCCCUGGAGCUUAUUAGGUCAAUGACAGCAUUCAGAGGAGACAGCAAAGUUAUGAAAUUAUUUGCAAAACACAUAAAGGUCCAGGAGCAGGUAAAGUUGCUGGAGAAGCGUGUUGUGCACCUGGGUGUAGGAACUCCAGGAAGGAUUAAAGAACUCAUUAAACAAGGUGGCCUUAAUUUGAACCCCUUAAAAUUUCUGGUUUUUGACUGGAACUGGAGAGAUCAGAAGUUGAGGAGGAUGAUGGACAUUCCCGAGAUAAGAAAGGAGGUUUUUGAACUUCUGGAAAUGGGAGUCCUCAGUCUGUGCAAGUCAGAAUCUUUGAAGCUGGGCCUUUUCUAAGUCUGGGUCCUAUGAAAAUUCCAGUUUUUAUGGGAUUUGCAUCUCGUUUAAUAGCUCUGGAAUAUUGCAAGCACUCAGUAAAUAUCAGCUAUUGUUUUAUUAUGUUAACUGCAUCACCAGAUGAAUCACUAGAAAUUUGUGAUGGAGAUUCUUUGACAAAACUGAAGCUGUCCUUUGCCAACCUCUCUGUAUAAUAAAGUAUCACCAGCUUG